AUGAAUUUUGACCAGAAGGCUGUGAAAUUCCUGGCAAAUUUUUACAUCAAUGGAGGCAAACACUGGACCCAUGGCCCCUUGAGGCAGAAGCUGCUCGUGCCCAGCCGGCCCAAGGCUGCUGUGAGGUUGUCGGGCCCGGAGCUAGGGGCCGCCUGUGACCAAAUGCGGCCCCAAGAGGCGCAGGAGUUCCCAGCUAGCAUCAGGAUGCACACGGGUCCCCUCCAGGAGCCCCCGCCUCCCUGCACCCGGAAUCUGAGAGAGCUGUUGCUGGAGCUGCGGCCCCCCGUCGUGACCGACCUGGAUAUCCCCGGGCCCACCACGUACCGGGUGCCCGACGCUUCCGUGCGCGAGUCCUCCCCACACCCGCACUUCAGCUUCGGCCGCAAGCCCCCGGCCCGCGGUGUGUGCGCCCCCUCGCCCGCGCCCGCCCCCUGGGCUGCGCUCCGGCACAGGCCCUGUCUCCCAACCACGCUGCCCCCUGCAGAGGGCGGCGGCCGCGGGGCGUGGCGGACCGUAUGGUUCCAGAGGGAGAGCCCCGUCUCGCAGAAAGCCGACUUCAAAAGGGAGCCAGAGGGGCGGGGCCUGCGGUCGGCGGGCGGUCCUGCAGCAGCAGCCCCUUCUCCGCAGCGGCCCUCGCCCGCAGACCACCGGCCGCUCAGCCGAUCCGCCUUCCCGGCCUUCAGCCUCGGGGCCGGCCGCUCCGCCUCCAGGACACGUGAGGCCCGCGCCCGCCUGGGGCAGCUGCGGGUCGGGGGUGCCGUUCACCAUGUCCAGCCCCACCUUCAGGCCCUUCCGCAGACCCCGGGGGCCGAGAAGCGCCCCAGCCCCAACACCUACGACAUCCUUCCCGGGUGCUGCCUGCAGAGGUCGCGCCCGCCCGCUUUCUCCAUGAGCCGCUCGCCUGCUUUCGACUCCUGGGUCAGCUACUCCCGCACCCCUGGCCCAGCCGCCUACCACGUGGAGGAUUGCUAUAACUCGCGCUUCCCCUCAGCACCCGGAGUGGUCAUCCAGGGCGUGCGAAGACCCAAGCGCCACGACACGGGCCCCUUCAGCACGCUUUAGCACCCACUGGACGCAGCCGGCCAGCCGUUAUGGCAAGGAACCCUCCCUGUCCCUCUGGGGCAUUCCCAGGCCUCCCUCUGGAACUCAGUGACCCUCGCCUGGCCUCCUGACCUUCUGAAUGGGACAAUCCACCAUCCACCCUUCCGGCUGGCCAAUCCUUCUUUGAUCUGUGGACGAGGAGGGCCCAGCUGCAAGCCCCCUUCUGCCCACCACAUUGCAACACAGAGAUGCUGUUGGUUCUUCUGAACUCUGUGUCUCCUUGACCACCAUCCUGGCCCAGUGGGCCAUCCUGGGGAUGUGGUCUGGUGCUGGCCUGUCAUAUCUGGCUUGGCUUCCCCAGGCUAGGGGGUCUCCCUUCUUCUUCCCUUAAGUGCUCUCUUCUGUAGGCUGGGUAUGAUGGCAGCCCGGGACCUGUGGGCAAUGAAGGACACCCCACCUAGCCAUGCCACCCAGGGGGUUAGGUCAGCUUCCAGUCUGCCUGAGAAUCAGGAACUGAGGUGUUGGGACAGAGGUGGGAGUCAGACUCCCUGAGGGACCAUCAUCUUAGGUGUGAUCAGCCUGCCCAACCACCAGAGAAGGCCCAGAAGACCAGCUGAUCAGGAACUGGCCCACUUCCUCCAGCCCCUGCCCAAAGACCUAGAAAGCAUGCCCAGGGCUGUGCAGACCAAGCUCCACCCAGGACUCCCUGAGUCUGCUUGUUAGGGCCCUGCUCCUGCUUAUAGCAAAAGCCUGGCCAUUGCUGGUCAUUACUAGCCAGCUUUCCAGUUGAGGGGUGGGCCCGAGACUGCCUCCCUUGCAGGGGCCUCACCUGCAGCUUGUGGUGGCUCCUGUCACAGCACCAAUUCCUUCCUGGGUCCCCCUUGUGCCACCCAAGCCCUGGAUCAGUGCCCGUCCUGUGUCUCCUCAGCCAGGUCUCUGCCCCUUUAAAGGGCAGUGCAGCAGCCCUGCUGUGGUGUCUGCCUGUGGGUAAAAUUGUAACAUUUCCAGAGUAUCUCGCCUGGCUUUAGUGCAUCUGCAUAUCCUCAGGGGUGGAGAGAAGUUCAUCUCCAUGUCAAUGGGUGAUUGCCUGGGCAACCAAGGGCUUAACUGUACCUGAGAGGUGAGGGGAAGUUCUUAUUUUGCUUCUGCCAGGCUCAAGAAAGAGAGACGGCCCUGGACUGCAGUUUGUAAGCAAUAAACGUAUU